UUAAAAAAUGCUAGAAUUUUUUAGUAAAUUAAAUGUAAGGGAGGGGGAAAUAUUCUUACCUGGCAACACUGAAGCAAAAAACAACAUGCACAAUAAACUUUGCAUUUCCGAUCCUUUCAUGCCGCUAAAAGAGAUCUACCCCAAACCAACGAGCAUUUAACACAAAAAACUCUAAUAUUUCACUAUAAUGUGACGAAAAGACAAACUAGAUUAAAAUUCAACAUUCUUUAUCGUUCUGCGCUCCAUCCUCUGCAUUUGUGGGAGGCGGCGCGCUGUACUGACGUCAUUGUUGUCAUCAUUAGCUUCAGUACCACGGUUAACAUCUUCCCUCUCCCCGACAGACACCCACCCCAAAAAACCCCCACAUUCUUCAUUCCCGACUGGAAAAGCUCAAUCAGUGGGUGACAAUAUAUUCAUGCUAUUUUGUGCGCAUCAUGUAUGUGAGCCUACUCACGCUUUUGUCGUCUUCGGCUCUUGCACGCAACGGACGCCAUAUCAAGUGCAGUGCAAAAGAUGAUCUUGAACUUGUACAGUUAUGAGAGGUCUACGUUAGUCCGAGUCUCCUUUACCGCAUGUGUUUUGGGUACCCUCUGCUUGCCACUGACGGGCCUCUUGGUCUGCAUAGUCAUCUCCUCUCUCUACCAUUACGAGGACUCUACAAGAACACACUGCCAGGUUGAAAACUACCUGCCGUCCAUCAGCGCCUCCAUCAGCCUGAGCCCCGAGUGCCACAUCUGGCGCCUCUGCAUUGGCCUGCACUCUGCACCCAGGUUUAUUUUGGCAUUCGCCUAUUUCAAGUUCUACAAAGUCUGCUUUGCCACUCGGGUGCCCGAAACCACUUUGGCCUACCUCAACUUGGGCUUCUCCGUCUCUGAGAACCUCGGCCUGCUGAUGCUCACCUAUGUGUCGUCGGCUGACAUCUACUCUGUCCACGAGGAGGGGUUCAUCCUCUUCAGUCUGAGCUCGUUUGUCUACAUGGUGAUAACGUGUCAUUUGUGGAAGGUCAUCAAGAGGUACUCGGUGAAUCCAGUAGAUGCCAAAUCCCAUGUCUGGAAAGUACGUCUGUUCCUCCUCAACUUGUGCUUCAGUGCUUUUGCCGGAUUAUUUUAUGUCCAACAUAGCUUGUAUUGUGAAGCUGGGAGUUACACAUUGUUUGCCCUGUUUGAGUACCUCAUUGUCUUCUCCAUCAUGGGCUUCCACUUCACAGCAGUGUGGGACUUCCGGAGCCGUGACUUAAUCAUUGCCUGCCUGUAAAAGGACUUCUGACUAUAGAACUCUACAAAGAACGCAGUGAAACCGACGCAGUCCUCAAAACCACCAAAGACCUGGUUUCAUAUGAAAACCACCACUGAUGCCUUUUUGGAUAUACUGUAGUGUAUAUGCACAGAGGUUACAUGAUAAGUGCCGAUAUGCCAAGUUGCUGAUGUUCCUCCAGUCUAGAUGCACGAAGUUUAUAGGAAAGCGCCGACAUGUCUAGGCUAAUGGUUCUUAACCUGGGUUCGACCGAACCCCAGGGGUUCGGUGAAAAAGUGUCAGGGGUUCGGCAAGUAAGACGUAGGGACCCGUUUUAUUACAUUGACUAAAUCUAUACAAACUCACAUUUUAGGCCAGGUUUUGGACAGGUUUGUCCGCAAUUUACAUUUAUUCCAUUCGUGUUAAACGUACGGCCCACAUAGUGAAACACAUCUUUUUAUUUUGACACUCGAGCUGCAAAACUGGAGAUUUGUAAGUUUUUUUCAUGAUUGAGUGCAUUACUAUACUUCACUUUUGUGUCCGCAGUCAAAUAUGUUCAUUCGCCCCUCUCAGUCAAUGGCUGCUAAUAAAGUAACAAGGAAGUGACCCAAACAUCCACAAAAACCAACAGGAAAUGACCCAAAAUAAUCUGGAAAUCCCCCAAAAUGUACAGGAAUUGAUCCAUAAGUAUUCCAAAAUAACAAAGAAGUGACCUAAAAUGAAGUAUUUGACUUCCACUGAAAACAAUAGACGUCCAAUUCACUUAAACAGGAAAGAUUGACAGUGAAUCCUUAUAUUCUAGUCCAGGGUUCACUAAAUCCGGACCUCGGUGGCACUUUUCCUGUAGUGUUUUCCAUGUCUCCCUCCUCCAACACACCUGAAUCAAAAUAAUCAGGAUCAUUAUCAGGCUUCUGGAGAGGUUGCUGAUGACAUAUUCAUUUGAUUCAGGUGUGUUAGGGGAGAGAGACGUGGAAAACACGACAGGAAAAGUGGCACCGAGUUUCAGACUUAGUGAACCCUGCUCUAGUCCCACAGAUGACACUAGACAUCCAAUCCAUUUUGACUGGGACUGGCGACUCAUUCGCAUAGUGGAUAUCUAGUGCUGGCAAUGAUAGCCAGUGAGUUAACUUGAUUGGUCCAGAGUACACUGGUCCAGCCUACAUGAACUCUAAUGCCUAAAUGUGGCAUGCUAAACAAAAUGAGUUUGACACCCUUGCUUGAUUUCAUUUCUUUCAAUUGCUAGUCCUCCAUUUGAUUCGCCUAUAGCAGAAACUGGUUUGCUCAGUGGAAAGUUGACUCUCACAUGAUAUGAAGAUGUAUAACAGAUCUUUGGGCCAUGUGGACUCAAACUUUGAUCUGUUUCAAAAAACAUGCUACCAAAUGUGAAGAAAUUUGAACUGGAAUUUGCUUAGAUAUUAGCUUGCUAGCUUAGAUAUAGCAGUACUGAAUUUGAAAUCAAAUUCCAAAGUGUUCAGUGGAUGCACACGUGAAACUUCUGGGGUUUGGUACCUUCAGCAACGUUAAGAACUACUGGCCUAGGCUGAUGUUCAACGUCAACAGUGAUCACGUGAAAGCUAAAGAUCAACAAUGUUGUCAUUAAUGAUUAUUUAUACGACAGUGUUAUGAGUUUAGUUUUUUUUUUUUUUUUUAAAUUAAAGUAUAUUUUUGUUGUUUGUUAUAAAAACAAAAUUGUUUGAUUUUAAAGUAGAUUUGCUUAGGGGUUGAAAGGGGAAAAUUGUUUCAACGGUUGCAAAAAAAUAUGAAUGUGGUCAUUAACCCCUGGCUGCCAGUUCA